CGGAGCAGAAAUGGCCUCUCACCUGUGUGCUUAGGAGUGAGAGUGCUCCUGGGAGACCAGGUCUCUCCAGACCGAUUUUGGGUUUGGACGCCUGUGGGACAGUCUUAGUUUGGGCAGAGAUGAGACUGGUCCACUUUCUCAUUACACCUUCUGUAGUACAUAAUAUGUAAUAGAUUAACUCUUUUAUUAUUUUCUGAGAUUUGAAGAUCAAUGUCCAUAUUUAACCGUGGGGAUUGUGUAAGCAAAAUUCCUUUAAAAAUAAAUCUUUAACAAAUCCUAUUGCAGAAAUAAAAACAUUAGUAAUAUGCUUGGUGACUUUAAAACAAGAAACUCCAUGCCGAACCCUUAGCUCCCUAGAAGGUAAUGGUUCUCUGACUGCAAUGGAGAAGUAAUGAGGGGCAAACAGCACAGGAUCAACCCUGUUAUGGUGUCUUUGUGAAAUACAUAUUCUUUUAAAAUACUUUGUACUAAUUUACAUGAAAGUAUUAUUUGUGUCUCAUUGGAGAUAUUUAUUCAGCUUCAAUGGCCUUUCAGGAACUCCUGAAUCAGGUAGGAGGCCUAGGGAGAUUCCAGAUCUUUCAGAUGGCUUUUGUUUUUUUAAUCAAUGUUAUUGUGGUACCUCAUGGUACAAUUGAGAACUUUACUGCAGCCAUUCCCAGUCAUCGCUGCUGGGUCCCGAUCCUCGACAAUGUCACUGUCUCUGAUAAUCACAGUAGAAUCCUGAACCAAGAUAAACUCCUGAAGAUCUCCAUCCCCUUGGACUCCCAUCUGAAACUAGAUAAGUGUCGUCGUUUUGCCCAGCCACAGUGGCAUCUUCUUGAUUUGAAUGAUACUUUCUCCAGUGUCACAGAAGCAGACACUGAGCCCUGUGUGGAUGGCUGGGUAUAUGACAGGAGUAACUUUCAUUCUACCACUGUAACUAAGUGGGACCUGGUGUGUGAAUCUCAGGUACUGAAUUCUGUCACUAAAUUUUCAUUUAUGAUUGGUGCAUUUAUAGGAGGUAUUGUAAAUGGACCUCUAUCAGACAGGUUUGGAAGGAAGUUCGUUUUAAAAUGUGCUUUAUUACAAAUGGCCAUCACUGAAACCUGUGUAGGUUUUGCUCCCACUCUCUUCAUUUAUUGCUCAUUAAGAUUCCUGGCAGGAAUGACUUUUGAACCCAUUAUAGUAAAUAGUAACUUGCUCAUGUUUGAAUGGACAAGCCCUAAAUUUCUAGCCAUGAUGUCAGUGAUUGCACCUUGUGCUGGUAGCUUUGGAAGCAUGAUAUUGGCAGGCCUGGCUUUUCCAUUUAGAGACUGGCACUACCUCCAGCUGGCAAUGUCUGUACCAAUUUUCUUCUUCCUUAUACUCACAAGGUGGCUGUCAGAGUCAGCUCGGUGGCUCAUUGUGACCAACAAACCCCAGAAGGGCGUAAAGGAACUUAGAAAAGUUGCACACAUUAAUGGAAUGAAGAAAUCUGGAGACAACAUAACCAUGGAGGUAAGGAUAAUGGAUGAUGGUUAUGACAUAAAGGAAAUAGAAGCUUCGGAUGUGCAUGAGUUAGUGCCCAAGACGCACACUGCUUACGAUUUUCAUUCUAAAGACUAA